ACUAACGUGUGUCGCUGCCGCCGUCGUCGUUGUCCUCGUUCUCAUCUGCUCCCAUUUCGUCAGCGGCUCGUGUCCGAGUGUCACGCGCUUCGAUCCGAACUUGGAACCGAAUUCGUCGACGCCCACAUGUUUUUGCGAUCCAGCAGGCAUCGAUGGCCGAAGUGUCGAGAUCCAGUGUUUUUACGGUUCGACCAUAGCUAAUCUCAGCCAGGCGAUCGUGGCGGUAAAGAACAGCGGUAAACAGGUGACCAGCGUGGUGAUGAACAAUAUGGAUUUCCCAGACAACGAACCGUUCAACAUCACGCGCCGUUCGUUGGCCGGUGUUGAAACCACCCUCAGAAAUCUGUCCAUCGUCGCCUGCGUACUGCUAAGGGUGCCUGAGGCGAUUCAAGCGUUGCACUCAUUGAACGCCCUUGAGUUGCAACAUAACAAAAUCUCAGCGAUCACGCGCAAAGACCUCGAAACGGUCGCAAAAACACUACGCCAUUUGGAUAUUUCCGAAAACGUGCUGACCACCAUUGAAAAUGGCACCCUGGACAUGAUGCCGGGUCUUGAAACGUUGAUACUCAGUAAUAAUCACCUCAACGAUUCGGUAGUUGUCCACCUGAAAGAACUAAUCAGCCUCGCGGACGGCGAGGGCAUCUUCAGCUCCCUGGAUCGCCUAGAGGUACUCGACCUGUCGAAAAACAAAAUCGGGAACAUCAGUCGAACAAUGUUCGCACCAUUGCCUUCGCUUUCCUUUCUGGACCUUAACCUGAACAUGAUCGAAGACAUCGACGACGGCUCGUUUGCCGGCAUGCCGAACAUCACCAAGCUCAAAAUAGAAGGAACAUAUCUUGACAACCUUCGACCAAAUAUGUUCGUGAACCUGUCGAAUCUAGAAUACUUACAACUAGGUUGGAACGAACUGAAAACGAUCCCGGAAGGUGCUUUCACUCAUACACCGAAUCUUAAGGUGCUUUCGUUGAACAGUAAUGGUCUGCUGCAAACAUUAGACCCGUCAGCACUGAAAAACUUGAAACAACUGGAAAUUCUGAAUUUGUCGUACACGUCGGUGGUGACCAUCGAACCGUUGCUAUUCAAUGGUACUAAGCUGAAGGUGCUUGAUUUGAGCAGCGGCGAACUAGAAAGGCUGCCGGCAGAUGCCUUCGACUUCACACCGGACCUAGAAACGCUGUUCGUGAACAACACGAAGCUGAUUUCACUGCCGGACACCAUUUUCGAUCGGCUAAAACGGCUACAGGAAAUCAACCUAUCUUACAACCAGUGGCUGUGCGACACGACGCUCGGCUGGCUUUCUUCAUGGCUGCGGAACAGUGCGGCAAUCGUGCAGAAUCGGAAUUACGUCAGCUGCGAAUGGCCAAUUCGGCUCCGAGGCAUAAGCGUCGCAUCACUGAACGAUUCAGAGUUUGUUGACUAUGAAUACGAUGAUAAUGGGGGGCAGCAGCAGAACGAAACGCUCACUAGCGAAACCGCCGUAGCCUUACCGGAAGCUGCAGGUCACGCAGAUUCAGAUGGCGGAGGCCACAAACCAUGCAACAUUGGAGGCCAUGUCCAUGCAAACGAUCAGAGCGUUGAGAUGGGGACGAUCAUCACAAUCGUGGUGGUGAUUCUGGUCGUUUCCAUACUGGUCGUAUUGACGGUCAUCGUGCUUGUGAUGAAGAGACGGCGCAGACAGAAAGAACGUGACACCAACGCACCCAACAGCCACUUGCCAAACAGGUAA